AGUCCAGCCCACUCACUUCAGGAAGAAGCAGGAUCCAGCGCCGCGGCCGCCGCUGAUGGCUCUGACGUUACAGCGCAGGUUUAAACCGUCGUUUCGGUAAACGUGUGGCCGCGAGCCGGGACAUGUCUCCCAUGUAGCCGCCCCGACCGGCUGUAGUGUCGCGGGUUCGAGAGCAGAGAUCAUGGACCGGACGCGGAGCGGCACUCGGGCCCUGCUGUGCUGCUUCUGUGCGCUGCUCUUCUGGGUCGGUCUCCCACAAAAGGGGUUCUGCAGCGCCACGGUUUCCCUCCCGGAGAGCCUGCUCUUUGUGUCCACGCUGGACGGGAACCUCCACGCCGUCAGCAAGAAAUCCGGCGCCAUCAAAUGGACUCUGAAGGAAGAUCCAGUUCUUCAGGUCCCCACGCAUGUGGCAGAACCAGCCUUUCUGCCAGACCCCAACGAUGGCAGCCUGUAUUCUCUGGGAGGAAAGAACAAGGAAGGCCUCACCAAAUUACCGUUCACUAUCCCCGAGUUGGUCCAAGCUUCUCCCUGCCGCAGCUCCGAUGGUGUCCUUUACAUGGGUAAGAAGCAGGACCUGUGGUAUGUGGUGGACCUGUUGACUGGUGAGAAGCAGCAGACUUUGACUUCCUCCUUUGCCGAGAUGUUGUGUCCCUCUUCGUCGCUUCUCUAUCUGGGACGCACAGAGUACACCAUCACCAUCUACGACACAAAGAGCCGAGAGUUGCGCUGGAACGCCACCUAUUCCGACUACGCCUCCACCCUUCCCGACGACGACACCAAAUACAAGGUCGCUCACUUCGUGUCCAACGGGGACGGCCUGGUGGUGACUGUGGACAGCGACUCGGGAGACGUGCAGUGGGUGCAGAACUACAACUCUCCGGUGGUGGCCAUGUACAUCUGGCAGCGCGAGGGGCUGCGCAAAGUUCCCCACACCAACGUCGCCGUGGAAACCCUGCGCUACCUCACUUUCAUGUCGGGAGAGGUCGGCCGCAUCACGCAGUGGAAGUACCCGUUCCCCAAAGAGAACAAGCCCAAGAACAAGUUCCUGGCCACUUUGUAUGUGGGUAAAUACUCCACCAGUCUUUAUGCCUCUCCCUCCCUGGUGCACGAUGGAGUCACGGUGGUGCCCCGCGGCAGAACCUUCCCCAUGCUGGAGGGUCCGGACAGCCAGGAGACCGACGAGGACAAGGAGUGUGUCAUCACGCCCAGCACCAGCGUCAAGUUCAACGCUGCGCUCCGGGAGCGAAACCGCAUCAACUUCAUGAGGAACUACUUGCUCCUCAUAGGUCAUCAUGAGACGCCUCCUGAAGCUCACAAGAAGAUCCUCGAGAAGUUCCCCGACAGCUUCCCUCGCCAUCAAGGCAACGUCAUCCCACCGACUACUGACAAGAUAGUUGAAGAGAAGGGGAAUGAUGAUGUCCCCCCUUCUCCUUCGCCAAAAACCUCCAUCCAGGAACCUGCGAUCAUUGGGCGCACUGUGCGUUCAGAGGCUCCGGUGGACUCGAUGCUCAAAGACAUGGCCACCAUCAUCUUCUCUACUUUCCUCCUGGCUGGCUGGGUGGCCUUUAUGAUUACUUACCCCAAAAGUGUUCACAAGCAGCAGCAGCUGCAGCACCAGGAGUUCCAGAGACAGAUGGAGGAGAAGUUGGAGCUGCUCCAGAGGCAGCAGCCGUUCCCCGCUGCGGACGUGGGCCUGGGCAUGGCCCCGGACGGCGACUACCUGGAGGGGGCCCACAAUCGCUAUGAAUGCUCGGACCACAGCAGCCCCAAUGUCACCCCCCGCGCCUCCAACCACAGCAACCUGUCCGUGUCUGAGCUGGGAAGCUCGGCCAACGAGCACGAAGAUGAGGAGGACUCUAAUACAGUCAGAGUGGGCAAUGUCACUUUCCGCCCCAGAGAGGUCUUGGGUCACGGCGCCGAGGGCACCAUCGUGUACAAGGGGCAGUUUGACAACCGUGCAGUGGCAGUUAAGAGAAUCCUCCCAGAGUGCUUCAGCUUUGCAGACCGUGAGGUCCAGCUGCUGAGGGAGUCCGACGAGCACCCCAACGUCAUCCGCUACUUCUGCAAGGAGAGGGACCGCCAGUUCCAGUACAUCGCGAUCGAGCUGUGUGCCGCCUCACUUCAGGAGUAUGUGGAGAGGAAGGAUUUUGACCGCCACGGACUGGAACCAGUGAUGCUUCUUCAGCAGACCAUGUCUGGACUGGCCCAUCUGCACUCUCUCAACAUUGUCCACCGAGACCUGAAACCUCACAACAUCCUGGUGUCCAUGCCCAACGCCCACGGUCGGGUCCGGGCCAUGAUCUCAGACUUUGGCUUGUGUAAGAAGCUGGCAGUGGGCCGCCACAGUUUCAGUAGAAGGUCUGGGGUGCCGGGCACCGAGGGCUGGAUCGCGCCCGAGGUUCUCAGUGAGGACUGCAAAGACAACCCGACCUGCGCUGUGGAUAUCUUCUCUGCCGGUUGUGUGUUCUACUACGUGGUGUCUCAGGGAAGCCAUCCGUUUGGCAAGUCUCUGCAGCGGCAAGCAAACAUCCUGCUGGGCACGUACAGCCUCGACCAUCUGCAAACCGACAAACAUGAGGACAUAGUAGCAAGAGAUCUAAUCGAGCAGAUGGUGAGCAUGGAGCCCCAUAGGAGGCCCUCAGCUGAGAGCGUUCUCAAACACCCUUUCUUCUGGAGCCUGGAGAAGGAGCUGCAGUUCUUUCAGGAUGUCAGCGACAGAAUAGAAAAGGAACCGCUGGACGGACCAAUCGUGAGACAGCUGGAGAGAGGGGGGAGGGCGGUUGUCAAGGCUGACUGGAGAGAACAUAUCACAGUGCCCCUGCAGACUGACCUGCGUAAGUUUCGCUCCUACAAGGGCGGGUCAGUCCGAGACCUGCUCCGUGCAAUGAGAAACAAGAAACAUCAUUACCGAGAGUUGCCCGUGGAGGUUCAGGAGACUCUGGGCUCCAUCCCCGACGACUUUGUCUCCUACUUCACCUCCCGCUUCCCCCACCUGCUAAUGCACACGUACCGGGCCAUGCGCACCUGUGUGUCGGAGAGGCUGUUCCUGCCUUACUACUCCACAGCAGAGCAGCUCGCAGCAAUUCGGGCCCAGUGCCCCCCACCCGGGCCGCACGGACAAAAUGAGCCGUGCAACCUGCCAACAGACACAUCGUCGUCGUCGUCCUCACAACCGCAGGUCCCCGCGCCGCCCUCACAGCCGGAGCAGGUCCCGCACACGGAGCAGGUCCCGCACACGGCGCCCGCCACUUCACCGGAUGGGCCCGCGUUCUCGCAUUCGCCUGUUCAGACUUCACAGCCUGAGCUGCCCACACAGACUGACUUGCAGGGGGAGACAUUGAACCCCACCUCUGCCUCAGAAUCCCCCACAGAGCCUCUCGGGCAAAGGGAAUUGAGCCUGUCUGCGACGCACACACCGCCAGCUCCACCCGCACCGGAGAACGAACCGGUGUGAACCCCACCCCGUCUCCCCCCCCAGCCAGAGUCGGGUGCACCAAGCACAGAUGGGAGCAUCGCCUUCACGAGUGGACAGAGUUGCUGCACCACGAGCUGGUGAGGACCAGGCCUGCAGUGCCUGGGAUCCACGGCCGGGCGUAGCGGCUGCGCCCGCGUUUAAGUGCCUUCUGCUCGCCUGAGUGGAACUGUGUCCUGAACCGAACCGUCCCCUCGGCCCCCAGGAGGUCGGAUACCCAACAGGGGGCUGUUGGAACAUUAUCUUGUAGCUGGACUGAGCAGAGAGAAUAUUUUAUUUUAUAACAGCAUGUCCAAAAAUAGUGUUUGUCCCAAAAACAUGUGGCCUCUAUUGUGGGGGGGGGGGUUCUGGAUGUUUUUAUAGUGCAAUGUUGUAUUUCCGAGUGAGGCCUGUUCACUGCACAGAUGCUGUAUGUAUAUUUUUGUAUAGACUGAUUCUGAAAAUUGGAUCAUUGAUGAUGAAUCAUUCUUAACGUGGCCAAUGUGCCUUUUUUUUCUUUUUAUAUAACCGUGCUGCAUUGGUGCAGGUCUUUAAUUCAACUGUGCGAAAUGUUGUUGAUUCCAGUUAAUGCUGCUAAACUGCUUCUCUUUGUCAAUCAAGAUUAGAUUAAGAUCUAUUGUGCUGACUCGGUCAGAGGCGACGGUUCCAAAGGCCGUUCAGGGUGGCUUCUGAUUACAGCCGGUCGUUGGAUUGAUGCGAUUAUCAAACCAAUCAAAUUUGAGGUUUAGAUGUCAAGUGGCAGAACUAACAUAACUUUUUAAGGGUGUCAAAGUGAAGUCAUUGACUUGCACAUUACUUUUUUUAAAUUUGUUUUUAAUACUAACAUUUUCCUCGUUUUGAUUAUUGUAUCUCACAAUGGCUCUUGGGGGAAUAUUGACAUGCAUUUGACAACAGCGGCGUGCCUAGAAGAAGCUGGACACCUUUUAGUGGUCACAGGGCGUGACCGUAUGUUCAGGAGAAGCUACGGCGACGGUUAACAUUGUUUAGCGUUGCUUCGUUCAUGGUGUCACUCCCCAAGUUUUGUAGCAUUUCCAAAUGACAGCAGACAUGUUAAAUGAAGAAGUCUCUCACAAAGAGGAGCAGCACAGGGCGGUACUGAGCCGGGGUCUGGUGUACACACACACCCCUGCACUAACAAUGGAAUGGUCCUGGGGUGUAACUUGAAAUAAUGUCGUCAUAAAGGUAACUUAGUCUUUCUUUUCUUCCCGUUUGAACUGUGUUAAAUUCAACGGUCAGACUCACUAGGCUUGUCCCCUGGUUAUUUUUCUUAAGUUUAAAUGCUGUUUUACAAUAUUUUAAAAUAUUGGUCCCCAUUUUUUAUACCUGCCAUUUUCUACAUGAUUUUGUAAAUUGAAUCCACUUUUGCAUUUCCGUUCCACUUGUGGGGAUCCGAGUUGUUCUAAUAUGGAAUAAAUACUGCUUGUGCUUACACCAGCG